ACAGCCUGUCAGCUGCAGCUUUAGGUGCUGUUCACACAAUUGGCGAUUGUCAUAUUCAGUGUGGUAAUAAAUAUCAGUCGCCUAUGUAUAAAUAUCCCAGCCUCAUGUAGGACAUAUUUGUGCUUGAGCUGUGUGCUGUGAAUCACUGGUUUCUGUGUGUCAUCAGCGAUUCAGUUUAAGGAGUAUGAAAAAAAUAGAAACAUUUCACAAUGUUGAAGGGAGGAAGUUUGUUCUUUCCACGGAAACAUUUUACAUCGACAGAGAAAAGUAUGUGACGUCAUCUACAAAGCAUGUGACGCCUCAGCUACAGAAUAUGAAACAUGAGCCUUAAGCCUGAUGACAUGGGUUUCUUUUUCGUGUAUGGAGUGAAGUCUAUAGAAGGAUUUGGUGCUGGCGGCGUUCUGGAAAUCGACGACUGUGUAAAUAUCCAAUGCAAGUGAAAACAAGCUCACAGGUCAUAGAGUAAAUAGGUGGUGAACGCUGGGGAUCGUUCAGAGAUGUCAGUGUGCUGCCUGCUGGCUAUGGAGUAGAGCAUCUGCAGAGUCUUCCCAGGCGACAUCAGACGUUACGGAAACAUGCUAUGCAUAAUCCUCUCGGUGCUUAUUGGACUGUUUACACUGGUUUUGCUGUUUUCCACACGUGUCAGACGGCAAAAUGAGCCGCCUUUGGACCAGGGGCUCCUUCCGUGGCUCGGCCACGCGCUCACCUUCGGAAAAGAUGCCGCAAAGUUUCUGGCUCGGAUGAAGGAGAAACACGGGGACAUCUUCACCGUCCGUCUUGCUGGCCGUUACAUGACGGUGCUCCUGGAUCCCGCCUCCUACGACGCCGUGCUGGGAGACACGGCGUCCUUCACCCAAAACAGGAGUCAGCUCCUAAAAAGCAUCUUCAGCCUGGUGCUGCCGGACAUGCAGCCCUCAGCGGAGAGGACGCUGAUGGAACAGCAUUUUCAGGGCGCGAGUCUCUCCAAGCUCAACGGUGCCAUGGGAGCCCACCUUCAGAGCCUGCUGCUGAGCGAGCACCAAGGCUGCAGGUCUGCAGAGUGGAGCCAGGACGGGCUCUUCAGCUUCUGUUACAGCCUGCUCUUCAGGGCCGGGUAUCUCACGCUGUUCGAGGGCAGAGACAACGACGCAGCUGUCUACAAGGAAUUUCGCAAGUUUGAUGGUCUUCUCACCAAACUGGCUUAUCGUUCACUCAAGGGAGAGGAAAGGCAAACGGCGGACUCGUCACGGGAGCGGCUCUGGCGGCUGCUGACGCCGGUCCGGACCAGCGGCGGGUCCGAGUCGGGCUCCUGGCAGCAGAACUACUGCCGCUUCCUGCGCGGAGAGGGCGUCGACGAGGAGACGCAGACGCGCGCGCUGCUGCUGCAGCUGUGGACCACGCAGUGCAACGCUGGACCUGCUGCCUUUUGGCUCCUUGGCUUCCUGCUCGCUCACCCCGCCGCCAUGGAGGCCGUGAAAGCAGAGGUCGGGACGCUCCACCACCUCACGAACGGCCCCGUCGCUGCCCUGCAAGCCCACCGCACACCUGUGCUCGACAGCGCUCUGGCCGAGACCCUGCGGCUCACCGCCGCCGUGAUGAUAAACAGGGAGGUGGCGCGGGCCAGGACCCUGGCCACGGCCGGCGGGCGCGAGUAUCACCUGAGACGGGGCGACAGAGUGUGCCUGUUCCCGUUUCUCAGCCCUCAGAUGGACCCAGAGAUUCACCAAGACCCACAGCUCUUCAAGUAUGACCGCUUCCUAAAUGAAGACAUGACAGUGAAGGAUGCGUUCUACAGGAAUGAGAAGAGGCUGAAGUACUACACCAUGCCAUGGGGGGCGGGGAGGAACGUCUGCGUCGGGAAGGACUUCGCGGUUGCGAGCAUCAAACAGUUUGUGUUCCUGGUGCUGACCAGCCUCGAUGUGGAGCUGUGCGACCCGGAGGCCAAGCUGCCGCCCGUGAACCCCAGUCGCUACGGUUUCGGGAUGCUGCAGCCAAAGGGAGAUCUGCAGAUCCGGUAUAGACUGAAGAGGACGCAGCAUAGAAUGUAAUUAUUUAUCUGUUUAACAGUCACAAAUGUUAAACUGUAGCCAUAUUUAUUCCUUACUGUGUUUGCUUAUUGCACUUGUAUUUAAUUUGGUGUGUGUGUGAUUAAAAUUAUUGAAUAAAAGUACAGUAAAGUACAGACUGGA